AGCAGGACCUAAAACUCUCUUGUAAAACCAAGAAAAAAACUCUAACCAUUUAAGCUAUUCCUCAUUCCCAUUACUCGUAAAAUAUCAACUCCCAUACAAGUCUUUAUUUAUUAGUAAUCAUUCAUUUUUAAUUAUUAACUUCCCUACAAGUCUUUAUUUUCCUUUAACUUUUAAUCAUUUCGGUACUAUAUUGUGCUUGCAAUUCUAAGUGAUUUCCAACUCAAUUCCACAUUAUUUGCCAUAACAACACUGUAUUUACACCUUUGCCUUUUCUCCACUCUAAAAUCAAUUCACUCUUCACACUUUGUUUCAAUUAUUUGUGAAAGAAAACCAUCAUCUAACAACAAAACAACAUGACUACCAUAAUAGAAAAUGCAGCAGGAGGAUUAUUAGCAAAUGAAGCUUAUGGACUGAUCGGAAUGCUGUCAUCACGUAUCGAUGCUGAAAUCAAACUAGCUCGCGGUUUCAAGAAAGAGUUAGAGGCAGUUAAAAGGCAGCUCACUCGAUUAACUAAGCUAUUACAUGGUGCUUCUUGCCAGUCGAUCACCAAUCCAUUGAUAGUCGAUUGGCUCAAAACUAUAGAGAAUGUUGCCUACGACGCAGACGACUUGCUCGACCAAUGGUCCUAUGAAGCUCUACAGGAUAAAAUUGUUAUCUGCACCCGAAAGAGGGACAAGAUUAAACGCGGUGUCUCUAAGCCCAUUUCACGCUUACGUAUUGGUCACAAAGCAAGUGACUUAACGAGCUUGAUUAGCAACAUAUAUGAUGAUGCUAAUAAGCUUGGUAUUAGACCAAUCGAAGUUGCCUCAGGAGACGCGCACAACAACAGUAAACAUUGUCAUCCAAGUGAAGAUCAAGAAACAAGCAAACUUCGUAACCAGCGACACUAUGUGGAUGAUAAGUUGCUCAUAGGAAGGGACGAGGACUUAACACACCUUGUUAAGUUAAUAUGUGAUCCUAACAACACUAAUUCAUCCCAUCUCACCGUCAUAAGCAUAGUGGGUAUGGCAGGUUUGGGAAAGACGACAUUGUGUAAACGCAUUUCCAAGGAACAAGAGGUGCGGGAAUUCUUCAACUCUAUAGCUAUUUGGCUAGUCAUCUCUCGUAGCUAUGAUCUUCUAGAUGUUUUAAACAGAAUGGUGGAGAUGCUUUGCAGAAAACAUUCAUCCAUGAAAGAUAGACAAGCACUGAUAUCAGAGCUUCGUGAAAAGUUGAAGGAUAGAAGGUAUUUACUCAUAUUAGAUGAUGUAUGGGAUACAAUUCAUUGGGAAUCCUUGAAAUCUACACUAGAGGAAAUUGGUGGGUCCUAUGGUACUACUGUACUAGUGACUUCACGCAACAAAGAUGCAGUAGGAAAAAUGGUUACGGCUUGUUAUGAUAGUAAGGGUAAAAAUAAAAUUAGAAGGCCUUAUAUCUAUAUGUUGCAGGGAUUGAGUGAAGCUGACAGUUGGUCGCUAUUUUUGGCUAGAAUAAGUGAUGAUAGUCUAGUUGAUAGCGAAAAAGAAGUUAUUGGAAGAAGAAUGUUGAAAAAUUGUGGAGGUGUUCCUUUAGCCAUAAGAGCACUAGGAGACUUACUAAGGGACCAAAGUCUGGAUAGAUGGAAGGAGAUUGAGAAAAGUCAAACAUGGACGAAAGUGGAUAGGAAUGAUAUUUUGCCUUCCUUGAGGUUAAGUUACGACUUCUUGCCAAGCAUGACUUUGAAAAAAUGCUUUGCUUAUUGUGCCAUAUUCGGAGAAGAUGAGGUCAUUGACAAGAAUAAGUUGAUAUACAUGUGGAUGGCUCAGGGAUACUUGCAACCUUAUGAGGUAAUGGAGGAUAAAGGGGAAGAGUAUGUCGAGCAUCUGAUGAACAGUUCCCUUUUCCAAGAAGCAGAAUUGGAUGACUUUGGCAAAGUGAAGACAUUUAAGAUGCAUGAUCUAAUAUGGUCUCUUGCUCGAGUUGUUUCAGUGGGGGAGUGUUUGUGCUCGAAUGGAGAUGAAAGAUCAAAUGAGGUUCUACGGCACUUGUUAGUUCCCAAGCAGUCUAAAAGCAGAGAGCUCACUCUCACAUCCUAUACAAAGCUGCGAACAUGUUUGCUUUUCAAGGAGUUUGAGCAUCCUUGCUUGCAUUUUUGGUUAAAAUGUAAGCACUUAAGGGUGUUAAAUAUAGGAUGGAAUUGGAGCGAGGAUUUAGAUUGGGAGCCGUUGGGUAGCCUAAUACAUUUGAGGUACUUUGAAUUUGAUGUCGACAAUGGUUUGGGUGUCAUGCAGUCUAACCUUGGUGAGCACAUCACCAAACUUUACCAUUUGCAAACACUUUGUAUAAACAACUUAUGCAUAGUGAAAGAUCCAUGCAGUACUCAAUUUCCGAAACAAAUAGGUAAUUUGGUGAAUUUACGGCACAUCCUUGAUAAUGAUUCCAUUGGUAUACCUAUGGGGUUGAGUCUUUUGACUGCUCUACAAACUUUUCCCGCUAUGAAUUUAGAAAUGAAUUGGGGUGGGAGAUUAAGUGAUCUUGGUUCAUUGACUAAUCUCAGGGGUACAUUGGAAAUCCACAAUAUAUGUUUUGUAGAUGGUGAAGAAGAAGCUUAUGAUCGAGUUCUGCACAACAAGUCGUAUCUUGACAGUUUAGUUCUCAGAUGGGGUUAUAAUAAAUCGCCAGCAGUUAAGGAUAACCCCCAUGCGAAUGAGAUCCUAGAAUCUCUGCAACCCAAUGCAAACUUAAAAAUGCUUCAGAUUUGGAAUCAUGACGGUACUAGAUUUCCAAGAUGGUUGACUGAAGACGGAAGUUCCUCACUUUCCAACCUCGUCUCCUUGAAGAUUUAUAGAUGUAAAGCCAAAGGAAUUCUGACAUUAGAGAGCUUCAGAUCUCUUCGUUUCUUACAAGUGGAGUACUGCAAGAGGCUAACUAUUGUAUUACCAAAGGAAGGGUUCCAAUGUUGCAAUUCGCUCGAACAGAUAGCACUAGUUGGUUGUUAUCAAGUCAGAAAUUUUGUAGACUUGUCCACUUUGACACAGCUUCGUUCUUUAACCUUAAAAAAUAACCAACUACUAGGGUUGGGGAGUCUUCCUUGUUUAAGGGAAGUACACACUGAUGAAUUAGUACUACUUGCACUAUUGAGCGAAGAUAGUCCUGUUUGCAAAUCCCUCGAAGUUUUAACAUUGGAGGGGUUCCAGUUGACUGAUAAUGAUGAUCAUACAACUGUUCUUCCUGAUCAGCUCAAAUACUUGAGGGCACUCCAAUGUUUGACAAUCGGACACUCUGAAUGUUUGGAAACGAUACCUGAAUGGCUGGGGAAACUGACAUCUCUCAGAGAGCUGCAUCUUUAUGGUUUGCCUAAACUGAAGAAUCUGCCUUCUCUAGAAGCAAUGCGGUGUCUCUCGAAUUUAAAAAGUUUAGAAAUGGCUGGUUGCCCUCUUUUGUUAGCAGAUGUUGAGAGUGAAAGUGGAGAGUGGCUUAAAAUUGCCCAUAUCCCUCCUUUCAUACACUACUGAUGUUAGUAAUGAUGAUGUUGUAAAAUGUAAAUCAAUCUUUUGCAAUCACAAGUACACUUUAAUAUAUUGGUGGAUGUUUUUAUAUGUUUA